AUGAGUUUGUUUCUAGUUCCUAUAAAUAUCAAGGGGUUUCACCAUUCCUCUAUGGGUUUCAUUUUUCCAGGAAUUUCGUCUUUCUCCAGGGUUUCGUUGUUUCACCAGAGGUUUAUUUUAUCAUUAAGUGAAAAAGUUUCGCCUAACUAUACAACAACUACUACAGUAAAACCAAAAACACAAUUAAAAGCUUUGCCUCUUUCAAAUACCUCAGAGAAAUUACCAUCGCUUCGUUUACCAAAGGGUUUCACUGAUUCGACAAAAGAAGCAAUUAAUAAAUUAAGAGAUCAAUUACGUUACUAUGCUGUAGUAGAUAUUCGAUCUCAAAAAUUUUUAAUCACCAAAAAUGAUAUCGUGAUUGCUCAUAGGUUGCGUGACGUGAAUGUUGGAGAUGAAUUAAGAUUAAAUCGGGUGCUCGAAUUGGGAUCCAAGGAUUACACAAUCAAAGGACAACCUUUUGUUUCUGAAGCAUUUUAUAACAUCAAAGCUACAGUGCUUGAACAACCUAAAGGUCCAUUUAUUCAAAUAUUUAAAAAGAAGCCGAGAAAUCGACAUAGGAGACGGAUCACGCAUAAGCAAACCUAUACGGUUUUGAGAGUUUCGGAGAUUGACGUUAAUAAAUUUGAGUGA